AUUGCUGAGCCAAUUGCGGUCAUGCUGCUAAAAAUAGGGCACAGCUAAAAGGUCAUGUGGGCGAGAGGGUACGCGUCACUCGAUUUCUACGUCAUAACGUCAUAUAACUCAAUCGGUAUCACGUCUCUUCCUCGAACUUGUUAGACAUUUAGUGGAUUAUCAAAGGAUUGAACGACAGCGGUCAGUAAACAAAAUAUCUGUUGUCCUUGGCACGCAUGCAUUUUUAAUGUUGUUGCUUUUUUACCAAAAACAUUUUUGCAGUGUUUGUGAAUAAAUAUGCAGCUCGGCUCGGAGGAGGUAAACGGUAUGGAAACAACCGACGAUGAGCCUAGAGGUGCCCGAAGGAGGAAACGUCUCCCUGAAAGAUAUGAUAAAUCUCAAAUGGAUGACCGUUGUUGUAUGUGUGGCUCAAUUUUCGAUGAUCUCACUUCUUUCGUUCAUUUGUCUGACGAGGAUCUUAGUAAAAUCAAUGAUACUCUUGAUUCAUUCGACCUUCGAUGGAAUCGCUCGUGUCUUCCAUGUUGGAAUGAGGUACAAAUUAUCCUGAAUGGACAAGAAGCUCUCAAACGUCUAGAGAAAAGGAAAAACGACAAUCGCGAUAGUCCGUCAGAACGCCAAAGAAAUUCUCCCGUCAAAAAGCCAAAAGUCUCGUCGACAUCUUCUAGUUUGGAUAGAAGUGAUUCAAGCGGAAUGAUGGCCUCUGCAACUCUUGCCGCUUUAGCCAACCUUCAAAGGGAACAAGAGCAGCAACGUACUCCACAGUCAGAAAUGCUUUCGCAAAGAAUAACAUCAAAAACUGAUGAUCGAGAGUUAUCAGCCUCCGUUCCUAGACUUAAAGCCCUUCUAGAAAGGAGAAUUUCCAAUGAAAAGUCAACAACGAAAGACCCAUCACCGACCCUUAGAGCGGCUUUAUCGUCAGCUCCAAAUUCGCCGACAUCUGUACGUAUUAAAGAGGAACCUGAGGAACUGCCGGAAGUUACUUCCGCCAGCUCCCUCAGCCAUAAUCCUCCUCCUAAUGUUACAAAUCCCUUGCUUUCUUUACUUCUUCAAAGGAAGCCUGGAGAAGCUGAGUCGAGACCGAAUCUAAAAGAAGUGCUUGAUAAUAUUGGCACAGUUAGGGGUAGAUCAGCAACUUGGGGACCCGAAAAUCGGCUACAAUACGCAUGUGAGCAUUGUAGUCUUCGCUUACAAACUCAAUCAGCUUUAGCCCUACACAAGGCCUGCCAUAUUACUGGUUCUACCCAGCUGCAAUGUCCCAUUUGCAAUUGGAUGCACAAUAAACUCGCACCGCAAUGGCGCAUAAUGCAAUCGCAUCUAGUCAAGGAACACUCCAUUCCGCGCCAUACGUUCAAUCAUUUUCCCUGCCCCGAUUGUGGAACAGUCUUAGCUUCCUCGGCCGAACUUACCACUCAUGCUCGAGUUCACGAGAGAAUGAAACCGAAUCUCUUCGAUGUUCAUUGUCCGAUCUGCGAACUAAGAAUGGUGAGCGAUGAAGAGGCUCAAGCACAUAUUCUGUGUCAUACAUCGGAGCGUUCAAAGAAAGUGUUCCGAUGUCCUCACUGUCAAUGGGAACAUCCGUCUCAGCCGGGCUCUUGGCGUUAUAUGAGAAGUCAUUUACUAAGCGAACACCAAGACAUUUACGUACGUCAAGAUUUCUCCGGUUUCCCAUGUUCGAUUUGCGAUUCAUGUUCGUUCUUAACUAGUGAAGGUCGUGACCUUCACGAAAAAAUGCACGAUGGAGAUGCCUACAAGUGUGUAGUAUGUACAACAAGAAUACCAAGAUAUCCUACAGAAGAACUAUUAGGACAGACAACAUGGCUGGUAAUGCAAAAGCAUUAUCUGUGUAAUCAUUCGGAGAACAAGCAUGUUCGAAAGAUUGACGAGAAUCUUAUAAAUAAGGCUAUUGAGAAUGUUAUGAUAGAAAUUAGUCCAAAAACUUCUUAA